AUGGAACCGACUUCUACGCGACAUGACUUUAGGGCUUGGUUGAUGGACGGAGACACGUUCACCGCCAUCUAUUGCCCUCUCAAGCAAACACACAUCACCUCCGGGAGCUACGCGACAUGUUGCCCCUCCGCCUCUUGCAAAAUGGUCACGGCAUGCCGCGACAACACGUUAUACUCUGAUAGCGGCACCGGCCGGUUCUGCGGUACCCGUGCCGGCGAUCAAUGUGGCACGGUAUCCAUCUACCAGAAUUACCCGUCAGGGGAGCCUAUCAUGACGCAUAUCCACUGCCGCCUCUCGACUUGGGGCACCAUCAUGUACCGGGAGCUCGGUGCGACCAUGACCGCAAGGUCCACAGCCGCAGCAACAGAAACAGAUCCCCUCAUCACAGAACCACCAGCCACAUCCGCCCCGAGCGAUACGCCCGCCCCCGGCCCUUCCGAGUCCCAGUCGAGUAAAGCGUGGAUAGCCGGCGCAGUCAUCGGGCCUUUGGCAGGCAUCGCAAUAAUCGGCCUUGUUGUCUUCAUGGUGUGGAGGCGGCGACGGAGGGGAGCAGCUGGAAGAGACGACCCGCGGAAGAACGGAGACUUGGCUGAAGCACCCGACUCGUCUGUCCUGGGUUCGGCAUACGCAAAGUCGCAUGGCGGCCCCUCGCCGGUGGGAAACUGGCAGCAGAAUCCGCAGCCAGUGUACGAGAUGAAUGGGAGCUACCCGCCUCCGCCAGCGGAGUUGGAUUCAGGGACCGUCUACGAGAUGAACGGACAAAGUACAACACGGAAUGCUGGAAAUGGACACAUAUGA